CUCUUCCUCCCACCGCCGUCACCGAAGCGGAUGAAAACAAACAGUAACGAUGGCGGCGCCGGGAAGCGACAGGCUGCUGGGCUGAAGGCAGGAGUGAUCACUUGAGCUGUGAGGGAAGCCCUGAAGAGCGCCUGUAGACGUGAGUGCGACAACUCGCGCAGUCUUGGGAACGAAACUCCCGGGGCCUGCGAGCCACGAGGCUCCUGAGGCGUGAGGUAUUAUCUGCGACCCGUGCUGUCAGUGCAGCUCCGGAGCGCGGAGCUCUCAGCCAGGAGGCGCAGCUGGCCGGCCCCAGGCCCCGGCCUCCGUAAUGAGAGCCCCGAGCCACUCUCUGUGUCGCAGCUUCACAGGUGAGGGUGACUGUUGACUAGUGCAAAAAGGGACCCAAGGUUCACGACUCUCUUACUGGCAGUGGAAUGACCUGUGGAAACCUGCGAUCCAUUCUCAUUAAGUAAAUCUCUGGAUUCCUAUAGGCAAUGGAAACUGAUCUCAAUUCCCAGGACAGAAAGGACCUGGACAAGUUCAUUAAGUUUUUUGCCCUCAAGACUGUCCAAGUGAUUGUCCAGGCUCGACUGGGCGAGAAGAUUUGUACUCGUUCAUCUUCUUCCCCAACGGGUUCAGACUGGUUCAAUUUAGCAAUCAAAGACAUCCCAGAGGUUACGCAUGAAGCAAAGAAGGCGCUGGCAGGGCAGCUGCCUGCCGUCGGGAGGUCUAUGUGUGUGGAGAUCUCACUCAAGACUUCUGAGGGAGAUUCCAUGGAGCUAGAAAUCUGGUGUCUGGAAAUGAAUGAAAAGUGUGAUAAAGAAAUCAAAGUUUCCUAUGCCGUGUACAACAGACUGUCGUUGCUACUGAAGUCUCUCCUUGCUAUAACUAGGGUGACACCAGCUUACAGACUGUCCAGGAAACAAGGGCAUGAAUAUGUCAUAUUGUAUAGAAUAUAUUUUGGGGAAGUUCAGCUGAAUGGCUUAGGAGAAGGUUUCCAGACAGUUCGUGUUGGGACAGUGGGUACCCCUGUGGGCACCAUCACUCUUUCUUGUGCUUACAGAAUUAACUUGGCAUUCAUGUCCACCAGGCACUUUGAGAGGACCCCACCUAUCAUGGGGAUUAUUAUUGAUCACUUUGUGGACCGUCCCUAUCCCAGCUCCUCGCCCAUGCAUCCCUGCAAUUACAGAACCGCUGGUGAGGACACUGGAGUAACAUAUCCUUCUGUGGAAGAUUCUCAAGAAGUGUGUACCACCUCUUUUUCCACCUCCCCUCCAUCCCAGUGUGUGUUUACUGUCACAAAGGCACAUUUUCAGACCCCUACUCCUGUGGUGACGGACACUCUGAGGGUCCCCAUGGCAGGACUGGCCUUUUCCCAUCAACUCUCAAGCUCUCGCCUUUCCUGUCAGCCUGCUGCCCUGGGCGUUGGAUCAGCUGACCUGGGUUGUCCAGCAGUGUUUGCUGCCGGCUUAAACACCACACACCCUUACCAGCUAAUGGUUCCCGGGAAGGAAGGUGGGGUACCCCUUGCUCCCAACCAGCCUGCCCACGGUGCCCAGGCUGGUGACCAGGAGAGACUGACAACCUACACCCCUUCUGAUGGGGCCCACUGUGCUGCCACACCUUCCAGCAGUGAGGAUACUGAAACUGUGUCAAACAGCAGUGAGGGACGGGCCUCCCCCCAUGAUGUCUUGGAGACCAUCUUUGUCCGGAAAGUGGGGGCUUUUGUCAACAAACCCAUCAACCAGGUGACCCUGACCAGUUUGGACAUACCCUUUGCCAUGUUUGCUGCCAAGAAUUUGGAACUGGAGGAUGUGGAUCCCAUGGUGAAUCCUCCAGAUUCCCCAGAGACUACAUCUCCUCUUCAGGGCAGCCUGCACUCUGAUGGCUCCAGUGGGGGCAGCAGUGGCAAUACCCAGGACGACUUUGUCAUGAUCGACUUCAAACCAGCUUUUUCUAAAGACGACAUUCUUCCGAUGGACUUGGGGACCUUCUAUCGUGAAUUUCAGAACCCCCCUCAGCUGAGCAGCCUCUCCAUAGAUAUCGGGGCACAGUCCAUGGCUGAGGACUUGGACUCACUACCAGAGAAGCUGGCUGUGCACGAGAAGAAUGUCCGAGAAUUUGAUGCCUUUGUAGAAACCCUGCAGUAAAAAGUUGGUGUCCUCGAGUACCAGCAGCAUCCCCUUUUUGUGGUCCCAGGAGACAGAGAGCCUCCCACUCGUCAGCUGCUCCCAUCCCUUGUCCCGCUUCAAGCCAGGUGGAGGGGAGGCUGGUUCCCCCAUGGGGACCCGGAAGUCCCUGCUCUUGCACUCCUGGAGACUCACGGCAGCAGUGAAGGCCAGUGAUAGCAUUUGAGAGGACUCACCCUCUGACCUCCCUCUGCAGGGCCCUCUGCUUAUACCGCCCUCAGCAGCUGCUUCACAAAGGCUGUCAUCCCGCUCCUCCUACCGGCCCCCUGCCCUGGGUUUGCCCAGCAGCUGGCCCCUCGUGUGCCUGCCGUUGCCAUCCACCAUUCGACAUUCCAGCUGGUGGCCCAGAGACUGGUGUGGAGGCAGAAAGAGGAAGGAGACAGUGCUAGGAGGAGGAAGGAAGGAAGCUCUCCUUCAGGGUCUUUCUCUGUUAGUUCUGGUAUCUUCUUCCCCUCUCUCUCUCCCUCUCCCUGCCCCGUGCCUGUAUUUUUGGCAGUAUGGCAGGCUUCCUGCCCAAGGUGAUGAGAACCCUAAAGUCAGCCAUUCCCACCCUUGAAGGCUGUGCCAGCCCAUCCGAGCAGCCCUGGCGGCUGCCUGUGCUCAGCUACAUGGAAACAGAAGCCUCCCUCUCUAGGAUUCUGUCAUUGGAGUCACAGCAAAGGUUCUUCUCUUUCCUCUCCCUUCCCCUGUCAUUGCUCCUUGGUUAUAGAACCCAGUAAAUAUUUAUUACUUUCAGAGAAAUCA